AUGGUUUCAGUGCGCGGCUUCCUGCUGCUGGCCCUGGUUGCCGCGGAGCGCGGCGCGCUCGAGGUGCACCGGGGGCUGGAGCUGGAGGACGCGGAGGAGAGCGACCAGGUCUGGCCGCAGGAGCGGCCCAACUGCCUGCAGCCCUGCAACGAGGGCUGCUUCUGCAUGGCCUCGCGGCAUUACCACGGCAUCUUCUACUGCGAUUGCACGGGUAGGAGCCCGGAGACAGAGCGGAGGUAUCGGAAUCAGUUCUCCUACGCGGAUCUGAUCAAGCACCCGGAGACGAGAGGCAAGGUGAACUCAGAGUGGAGGCAUCCCAAGCUGGAUGACUGCGAUGCCGCGGGAGGUCAGGGCUGCGCCCUCUUCGCAGAGAUCCGGGACGUGGUGCAGUUCGCCCUCGCUGCGGGGGAAUGCCACUACGACCCAGAGAGCUCAGCGGCCUGCGGCCUGCAGUGCAAGCUGCAGCCCAGGGGCCGGGCACGCGCCGACUGCGCGGUGUCCUGCCUCAUCGGCCGGGGGCUCUACGGUCACUGCGCCGGGUGCUUCGGGGUGCAGGUGGACUGCAGCAUGUCGAACUGCUUCUACAUUUGCCCGACCAAGCCGAACUCCACCCUGUGCCGCUCUUGUUUGCGGCAGCGGUGCCGGCUUUGCGCGGACGACUCGUCGGAUGCAGGAGAGGCCUUUGACGAGCAGGCCGCACAGAUGUUCCCCUGA